UAUUGCUCGAAAAGAUAGGAGACGCACUUCACCACCCGUGGAGAGCUCACCGGUCGAUGGUUGCAGCCUCGCACAGGCGGAAUUUCUCCGCUGGCGAUUAAAGCGAACGAUCAGCAGCGAGCGAGCGAGCGAGCAACUUCCCACAGCGCCAAACUCCCACCCCCCGAUUUCCUUCGCCAUUCCAUCUCCUCUCCGAGCACAAGCGAGCGAGCCAUUUCUCUCUCUCCCUCUCUCGCGCUCGCGUGCGUACAGAGGUUGCGGUUGCGGUUGCGGAUUCGAUUUGAAUCAGCCGAGAGAAGAAUCCAAAUGGAAACGAGCAAAGGGGAAGACGCGGGCGGUCGCCCUCAGGUCCGCCAUCCGAACCCUGGCCCUGGCCCUGGCCCGAACCCUAACGGGAGCGCAGGAUCGAGAGGGAAGUCGUGCAAGGGGUGCCUGUACUACUCCUCCGUCUUGAAAUCCAAAUCUCAGCCACCUACCUGCGUCGGCUUCUCCAGGACCCUCAACGAAGUGCCUAGCUAUAUUGUGGGAGAAUCUGAGUUGGAAGCUACCAAAGAGGGCCGGAAUCUGAAAGACUUCAGCUAUGCCUGUGUUGGUUACUCUGUCUUCUUGGAAAAAAAUCAUCAAUCUUCUGAUGCAAAGGAUAAACAAGCAGAGCUUCCAUUCUGUGUCGGUCUUGAGGUUCUGUUAGAUAAAAGAACAACACCUGCUGAGAAUGUUCCUGCCAAUCUUCAUAAAAAGGAAGCUCCAGAUGGUCAUGCUUUUCCUCAACGGCGGAGUUACAAGCCAGCAAUUUCUUCUGGCGAUGAUUACUUUAGUAGGUUUAAGAGAAACGCAAGUCUGGUUGCCUCCGGUGUUGCCAGGAAUGUGAAUAGAGUAGGAAACUACAUAAAAGAGAGUGUGGAUGAUAUUUUCCAGCCUUACCGGAGGCGACCGAAGUGAAGCAGAUCUUUAUGGCGUAGUUGAAGAAUGGGCAACUUCCCUGGUCGCCAAUUUUAACAGAAUCCCAGUUUCUCUGAUAGAGUUAUUAAUAUUACUACAUCCUUCGUCGAGAAGGGCCAAAUUCCAUUAUUGUAAUAAAUGAAUUUUGACGAGUGCACUUAAGAUUCUACUAAGUUUUGAGAAUCUCUAUGGUUUCAGUUUUGCGCGAUUAUCAUUUCCCGUCUUCAAUCUCCGCACUUCACAUUUCCUACCUCCUGAUGUAGCAUCUUGUUUUCAAGCAGUCACCUUUCUCUA